UGGGAUUCUCACAGCCAAGCUGAAGCGGCUCCGCCUCCUCCCGGGGCCUGAAACGUUUGAGAGUGGGGGGGACAGGCGGCUUAGGGAACCGGGAAGAGGCUUGAAUUGGGCAGAGUUGAAGCCUGGGCACAAGUCAUACUUUAACCGAAUCACCUAAUGCUUCACAGACCAGCUGGAAUUGUGUCCUGUCUGAAACUGGGGGACAUCAGCUUGCUAUCAAGAAUUAAUUUGCUGGCUCAGCAUCAGUCAUGGCCAGCAAACGUAAAUCUACCACUCCGUGUAUGAUACCUCUAAAGACUCUAGCGCCUGAUAGAGGCACAGACAUUUCUGAAGAAUGCAAAGAGAAAUCUGCCAAGCAAGAAGACCAAGAGAUUCUGCAAGCUUUAGAUCUGAGUGAAAGCAGUAAUGUGGUACAGUCUAAUGGACAUGAAAAUGUUGAUGGGGACAAGUAUUUUUGUAAAUACUGUAAUUUUGGUUCUCACGACACAAAGCCGUUUAUCGAACACAUGCUUUCAAAACACACUGGAUUCAAAGAAGAUCCUUCUUAUGUCUGUAUUGCAUGCAGCUUCCUUGUAAAGGACUAUAAAGAACUGGAAGGUCACAAUGCUGAAAGUCACCUGGAGUCGAACCUGACUUGGAGCGUGGCAAAGCAUGAGAGUUACACUAUUGUUGAGCAAAGCCUCACCGACCAUAACACGGACUCAAUCAUGGCUCAGCAUCUUCCUGAACAAGGUGUUGACGAGUUUUCUGAAAUUUCCAUUACAAAAACGCCUAUAAUGAAGAUUAGGAAAAACAAGCCCGAGACGAAAAAAAUAAUUGCGAUGAAAGAUUCUAAUCAUUUGUCGGAAGAAGUGGAGAAAAAGCCCCACCUUCUGUCUAGCAAUGGUUUGCUACCGGGCAACAAAGUAAUCAACAAAGUUGUCGGUUCUUCUCCAGUUGUGAAUGGAUCAAUCAUAGGGACUGUUCCACUUCUGCAAACAGGGGUCACCCAACUGCUGUCCAUAGACCCCUCACAGUCGGUAAUGCAGCCCAAACUCCCAACCUUAAUCUCUCCAGUUCUGACUAAACCAUAUGUUGCCCCAAAGUCCCAUCAUAUUACGCAGCCACCUACAGCCAAAAACCUCCCUAAAGUAAUGAUUCCCCUAAGCAGCAUUCCAACCUAUAAUGUUUCCAUGGAUUCCAACUGUUUCCUGAAAAACUCUUUCAACAAGUUUCCUUAUCCCACAAAGGCCGAGCUUUGCUAUUUAACAGUGGUCACAAAAUAUCCGGAAGAGCAAAUAAAAAUCUGGUUUACCGCCCAGAGGUUAAAACAGGGUAUCAGCUGGACACCUGAAGAAAUUGAAGAUUCCAGGAAAAAAAUGUUUAAUACAAUCAUCCAGUCCAUCCCACAGCCCAUGCCUCAACCAACGAUAACUGUUCUUAAUGCUCCACUUGUUACAAAUACCAAUCAUGUUCAGCCUCUUAUUCAGGCAUCUUUGCCCGGUCACAUUGUUAACCAACCCCAAGGAGCAAGUGGCUUACUUGUAACCCAACCUAUCAUUCCAAAUGGGAUUCAAGCAGCCAGCACAGCUGUAUCGCUCAGUAUGACAAACAUCCCAUCACAUCAGGCCACUACGCAGACCAUGUCUUCAUCUCCAGCUAUACGUGUUGUUGGUUCCACUCGCCCUGUAACACCAACAUCGCCAACCAUGUUGUCACAAAGCCUGUAUGACUCCACCAGUAACAGGUCCAAAAAAUCCAGACAGCAGUUGACCGCUUUGAAAAAUAGUUUUUACAGGAGUCAGUUUCCGUCACACGGGGAAGUUGCCAGGUUAACAAAAAUUACAGGACUCAACACAAGGGAUGUUAGGAAAUGGUUUAGUGAUAAGAGAUAUCACUGGCGCAACAAGGCAACAAAUGCGAUUGACAGUAGCAGUAGUAUGCUCGAUACCUCUGCAGACAUUACUUAUUCCAUGUUAAAAGAGCACGAUUUGGCACUACAAACACAUGCUUCCGCUUCAUCGCACACAACGAGGAGGCACUCCUGGAAUCCAACGCCAGACUUUACUCCAAAAUACAAGGAAAGGGCUCCUGAACAGGUUCGGGCUCUGGAGAAAAGCUUCUUCCAAAGCAGCUUUCCCACUGUGGAAGAGGUAAACCGUUUAAGGAGUGAGACAAAAAUGACCCGGCGGGAAAUUGACAGCUGGUUCGCCGAAAAGCGCAAAAGGGUGGCUGAAGAAAAUAAAAAAGCAAAAAUAGGGGAUCAGGAUUUUGACGAAAUUGAGGAUUCCGCUGAUGAACUGAUUAUUUCCGAGAACAUUGGGUCACCGCCGGCAGAGAGCAUAGUUCACAUCCCUAGUGAGAGAAAAGUAAAUCCGAUCAAAAUAAAUCUUAAGGAUCUCCGAGUAACGGAGUCCAAUGACUGCGCGGAGAUGUCCAGUGAAAAUGACAACAGCAUGAGUUUCGAUGUGGAGAGCGCUGCGGUUCCGUCCCCCAAAAUCAGGCAUAUUAAAAAGACUCCUCAGCAGAGGGAAAUUUUGAAGCAUAUGUUUAUCCAGACACAGUGGCCAACUAAUGACGAAUACGAUCAUAUUAUUGAACAAACAGGACUGUCAAGAACGGACGUUGUGCGUUGGUUUGGGGAUUGCCGGUAUUCCUUUAAAAAUGGACAAUUGCGAUGGUAUGACCGGUACAAAAGAGGCAUGGCACAAUUAAAGCCUGUUUCCUGUCAGCCGCUUUUGGACUAUUACAGCCAGCAUCACUUGGUUUAUGAUUGUGACCUCGAUGGACUUUGUGAGCAGACGGGAUUGACUGCCGAAGAGGUGAAGUCUUGGUUUGCACACAAGAUGGAGGAAGAAGCCCGUGCUGUGUCAGAGGCAGGUGGCGAGGGACUGCACUCUGAUAUUGGCGACAAGGCAGUAGCCCAGAUGGAAACUUACGACGGGGUUUCUGAAAUGUCCGAAAAUAGCGAAUCCUGGGAGCCAGCAGCACCGGAACCACACACAGCAGCAGUCCAGUUAGAGCAGCAGUCCAGCACGGAACAGCAGUCAACUUGAGGCAGACUGAAAAUAAAUGAAUCAAGACAUGGCACCAUAUUUACUCUACAUCCUAUCUGUUAUGGGAUGAUCGUCGACACAGAGUGCUCAUUUUGUACUGCACAACUGGAUUGAAGAAUAAUGGAAAGACAGAAGCAUUCUGGCAAUGUGCAAAGGGAUUUUGGGCACUCAUUGCCUCGAGCCAAGUUCUUACUGCAAAAGACUUUUCAGCGAGUGUAUAAAGUUAUCAGACUCUACUUUUUUCAGAUGACAUGUGAUCCUUGUGCUUUGUAAUUUUCCAAAUUUCCAUUUCUCGUUCAAGGUAUUGUAUUGGUACAGAAGCUUAUUUAUAUAACAGUUACAGACUUACAAAAAAAAAUAAAUUUAGUAUUCAUGCCCUAGUAAUUUACUACAAAACUUUCUAGUGAAAAAUAUUGUUUGGACUAACUGGUUAUAAAUAAUAAAGGUUUUUUUUCCCCUUGCUAUUUUGCCACUGGACAUAAAAUGUAGGUAAACGAGUAAAGAGAAAUGAAAUCUU